AGUCAUCGGACGCCGCCCACCUACCCGACUACCCGAGGCAGCCUCUCUCUCCUCCCUCGCCCACCACCACACGACACGAGACGAGAAGACUGAUUCAUUCGCUCGCGUACACGCCUAGGCGCUCCGAGAAUUCGUGAGGGAAUCCCGCAUCGCCGGAGCCGAUCGGCGGCGCCGCGGGCGGGUGGGGGGGGGGGGUUAGGGUUAGGGUUUUGGGGGUGGCCCACCGGGGAUGGACGCCCCCGGCGGCGGCGGCGGCGGCGGCGGCGGCGGAGGUGGGGUGGAUGCCGGCGAGCCCGUCUGGGACUGGGGGAACCUCCUCGACUUCGCCGUCCAUGACGACGACUCGCUGGUCCUCCCGUGGGGGGACGAUUCGAUUGGGAUCGAGGCCGAUCCCGCCGAGGCGGCGCUGCUCCCCCCUGCCCCGUCGCCGCAGCCGGCGGAGGCGGAGGCGGAGGCCGCGGGGCCGGCGUCGCUGCCGUCGUCUAUGCAGGCGGAGGGAAGCAAGCGGCGCGUGAGGAAGCGCGACCCGCGGCUGGUUUGCCCGAACUACCUCGCCGGGAGGGUGCCGUGCGCGUGCCCCGAGAUUGACGAGAUGGCGGCCGCCUUGGAGGUCGAGGACGUGGCCACAGAGUUGCUGGCAGGGGCGCGGAAGAAGCCGAAGGGUGCCGGCCGUGGUAGUGGUGCGGCAGUCGGCGGAAGUGGUGGAGGGGCUAGCCGUGGGACACCGGCCGAGAUGAAGUGCCAGGUGCCUGGUUGUGAGGCGGACAUACGUGAGCUGAAGGGAUACCACCGCCGGCACAGGGUGUGUUUGCGCUGCGCGCACGCCGCCGCUGUCAUGCUUGAUGGUGUCCAGAAGCGCUAUUGCCAGCAGUGUGGCAAGUUUCAUAUAUUACUAGAUUUCGAUGAAGAUAAAAGGAGUUGUAGAAGGAAAUUGGAGCGGCACAACAAAAGAAGACGAAGAAAACCUGAUUCCAAAGGCAUAUUGGAGAAAGAUAUAGAUGACCAGUUGGAUUUUUCAGCAGAUGGUAGUGGUGAUGGUGAACUAAGAGAAGAGAACAUAGAUGUCACUACCAGUGAGACGCUUGAGACUGUUCUGAGCAAUAAGGUUUUGGACAGGGAAACACCUGUGGGUUCCGAUGAUGUGCUUAGUUCUCCAACAUGUGCACAACCCAGUUUGCAAAUCGACCAAAGUAAAAGCUUAGUGACUUUCGCUGCUUCUGUUGAAGCCUGCCUUGGCACUAAACAGGAAAACACCAAACUUACCAAUUCUCCUGUGCAUGACACAAAGAGUACUUACUCAUCCUCGUGUCCCACAGGACGUGUAUCAUUCAAGUUGUACGAUUGGAAUCCUGCUGAAUUUCCUCGACGCUUACGCCACCAAAUAUUUGAGUGGCUUUCUAGCAUGCCUGUUGAACUGGAGGGCUAUAUUCGUCCUGGUUGUACAAUUUUAACUGUAUUUGUUGCAAUGCCACAACAUAUGUGGGACAAGUUAUCCGAAGACACAGGAAAUCUUGUCAAAAGCUUGGUAAAUGCUCCAAAUAGUCUCCUGUUGGGUAAAGGGGCCUUCUUUAUCCAUGUCAAUAAUAUGAUAUUUCAAGUAUUGAAAGAUGGUGCAACAUUGACCAGUACCAGAUUAGAGGUACAGUCCCCGAGGAUUCACUAUGUUCAUCCAUCAUGGUUUGAAGCAGGAAAGCCCAUCGAUCUUAUUCUUUGUGGAAGUUCUCUUGAUCAGCCUAAAUUCAGGUCACUUGUGUCAUUUGAUGGACUGUACUUGAAGCAUGAUUGUCGCCGUAUACUGUCACAUGAGACCUUUGAUUGUAUUGGAAGUGGGGAACAUAUACUUGAUUCUCAACAUGAAAUAUUCCGGAUAAAUAUUACCACAUCAAAGCUGGAUACUCAUGGACCCGCAUUUGUGGAAGUGGAAAACAUGUUUGGGCUAUCAAAUUUUGUUCCUAUCCUUGUUGGUAGCAAGCAUUUAUGUUCUGAACUAGAGCAGAUACAUGAUGCUCUGUGUGGUUCUUCGGACAUAAGUUCUGAUCCUUGUGAGCUUCGAGGACUUCGACAGACUGCAAUGUUGGGAUUCCUCAUCGACAUUGGAUGGCUAAUAAGGAAGCCAUCCAUAGAUGAAUUUCAAAACCUACUGAGUUUAGCAAAUAUCCAGAGAUGGAUAUGCAUGAUGAAAUUCCUGAUACAGAACGAUUUUAUCAAUGUUCUGGAAAUAAUAGUGAACUCGUUGGACAACAUCAUAGGGUCAGAGCUUCUUUCUAACUUGGAAAAGGGUAGACUGGAAAAUCAUGUAACAGAAUUUCUUGGGUAUGUAAGCGAAGCUCGAAACAUUGUUGAUAAUAGACCUAAAUAUGACAAGCAGAGACAGGUUGAUACAAGAUGGGCAGGUGAUUAUGCUCCAAACCAGCCAAAGUUGGGCAUUUCUGUGCCACUUGCUGAAAGUACUGGAACCAGUGGAGAACAUGAUUUGCACUCAACCAAUGCAGCUUCUGGAGAGGAGGAAAAUAUGCCUCUAGUGACUAAAGCUCUCCCACACAGGCAAUGCUGUCACCCUGAGACUAGUGCUAGAUGGCUUAACGCUGCCUCCAUUGGUGCUUUUCCAGGUGGUGCCAUGAGAAUGCGUCUUGCCACCACUGUGGUAAUUGGUGCUGUGGUAUGUUUUGCAGCUUGUGUUGUCCUUUUCCACCCACACAGAGUAGGGGUGCUUGCCGCGCCAGUAAAGAGGUACUUGUCUAGGAACUACUCAUCAUAGUUGAAGCUAGAUUAGAUUAACCUUCCUGUUGCUUUUCCCCUGUAUCAUAUGCAUGUACCUUUCUAAUUUGAGGCUUAGCUUGUGCAUCCGAUGUUCAAAUAUUUGUAAGAGGACCCACAGGCAUAAAUGCAAAUUUUUGCAGCUUUUUUUGGCAAAAAGUAUGAGCAUAUAGUUGCCUGAAGACCUGAACUUCCAGGUACACACCAAAUGUAAUAGAUGUAAUGGUUCAAAGACAGUGAUUGGAAUUUUUCAUGAUCUACAUACAACUA